CACCUGGAGGGUGCCCAGGGCGCAUGUGGGCACGAGGUAGGGGAGCGAAACGGAGCCCCUCGGCCUGAUGCCCACGUUCCUGAUUCAGGACCAGUGCAGGGGGCCCAGCGCGCGCGGGGAGCGGAGGGGCGGCGCGUCGGAGCUGAGCGGGAGUCACCCGCAGGCUGCUGGGUGCUGAGCACCAAACCCACCGGGCAGGGGCGGCCGCGCACCGAGGGCGCUGGCUGGGUCUGAGGGCGGGAGGAGCUGGCGCUUUCUAAGGACCUCAGGGUGCCCAGCAGAGUGCGGUGGGCAGUGCGAGGCGACCAGGGCCAGGCUUGGACUGAGAUUCUGGGCGCCUCGAAAGAGCUGUGCGGGCGAGGGUCGGAGACUGUGGGUUUUCAUGCUCACCCUGGACGGUGGACUUGGGGGCUCGGGGGCGGAGGACCUUAGCAGAGAGAGGGAAGGAGGGGGUGCCAAGUCACCUCAAGCCAGCCCUGAGAGAUGGUGACGCCGAGACCGGUGCACAGAGCAGCCGCCCGGCCCGGGCUUCGGAGUUGGCGGCUGACCCCGGGGCCUGUGCUGGAGGCCCUGCUCCCGCUUCCUGCGGGGGUGCCCUGGGCUCUGCUGUGCCUGCUUCCUGACCUGCAGUGUGGGGAGAACCUUCUUGAGGGGCUUCCAAGGGCCCACUUCAAGGAGGGGCUGGUACCAGGCUCUGUGGGGGAAGGGAUGCUGUCCGUCCAGCUCUUUACGAUCCCGAGCCCAAGGUCCACCAUCACCCUAGGCUGAGUGCCCGGACACAGGAGGGUCCUAGCGGGGCUGGGACUCAGGCAGGUAAGUACCUGGAGAAAGCUGCUGUGAGGCUGCCUAGCCAGGGCCAGGAGGCUGGAGGGCAGCCCCUCCAUGAUGAAGCCCUGCCCCCAUGUGGCUGAGGGCAGGGCCAGGGGCCAAAGGAGACCCUUGUCUGAUUGUGUGGGCAGCACGAGCCACCGGUCACUGGGUGCCGAGUCCCAGGUCAACCUGGGGGGUGUCAGUGUGGUGACAACAGGAGAUGCCGUCUGCCCCUCACCUGCUCUGAGCCAGGAUCCUCAGCCACCUGUGUUUGCUCCUUAUCUGGAAAAGGGGGCGCUGCCCUCCCACCCCAGCCUGAAGGGAAGGUCCGCAAGAUGCCAUAGCCCCUUGCAACUGCUCACCCAUGCGGGGCCUGGGAGAGGGACCGGGAGAGGGCUGACGAGCUCUGCCGGAGCCCCAUUGUUGACUGAAGUUUCUGAAGGUCCCCGUUCCCCGGGUCAGAGGUCAGAGGCACACUGGAGAGCAAACCGGCUGGCCCCUUGGCUCCUGAGUGUCCCCACCGCGCUUGGUGAUGCACCCAGAGCAGCCUUGGUGCUGUGGACACUCACUGGGACCCAGCGGAGGCGAGAGUUUGCUCCCAAAGGCACAUCAAUGACCAACAUUUGCCCCCCGGAGGAAAGAACAGGAACCAGCCUCUGACCCGUCCAGGUGCCCUGUCCAGCUGACUGCAAGGACAGAGAGGAGUCCUGCCCAGCUCUUGGAUCAGUCUGCUCGGCCGAGGAGCCCGGUGGAGCCGGGGGUGACCCUGGAGCCCAGCCUGCCCCGAGGAGGCCCUGGCUCAGCACCAUGCCAGGUGUCUGUGAUAAGGCCCCUGACUUCCUCUCCCCGUCUGAAGACCAGGUGCUGAGGCCUGCCUUGGGCAGCUCAGUGGCUCUGAACUGCACAGCUUGGGUAGUCUCUGGGCCCCACUGCUCCCUGCCUUCAGUCCAGUGGCUGAAAGAUGGGCUUCCAUUGGGAAAUGGGGGCCACUACAGCCUCCACGAGUACUCCUGGGACAAGGCCAACUUGUCAGAGGUGCUUGUGUCCAGCGUCCUGGGGAUCAAUGUGACCAGCGCUGAGGUCUACGGGGCCUUUGCCUGCUCCAUCCAGAACGUCAGCUCCUCCUCCUUCACUCUUCAGAGAGCUGGCCCUACAAGCCACGUGGCUGCAGUGCUGGCCUCCCUCCUGGUCCUGCUGACCCUGCUGCUGGCUGCCCUGCUCUAUGUCAAGUGCCGUCUCAACGUGCUGCUCUGGUACCAGGACGCGUAUGGGGAGGUGGAGAUGAACGACGGGAAGCUCUACGACGCCUACAUCUCCUACAGCGACUGCCCAGAGGACCGCAAGUUCGUGAACUUCAUCCUGAAGCCGCAGCUGGAGCGGCGUCGGGGAUACAAGCUCUUCCUGGACGACCGCGACCUCCUGCCGCGCGCUGAGCCCUCCGCCGACCUCCUGGUGAACCUGAGCCGCUGCCGCCGCCUCAUCGUGGUGCUUUCCGACGCCUUCCUGAGCCGGGCCUGGUGCAGCCACAGCUUCCGGGAGGGCCUGUGCCGGCUGCUGGAGCUCACCCGCAGACCCAUCUUCAUCACCUUCGAGGGCCAGAGGCGCGACCCCGCGCACCCGGCGCUCCGCCUGCUGCGCCAGCACCGCCACCUGGUGACCUUGCUGCUCUGGAGGCCCGGCUCCGUGACUCCUUCCUCCGAGUUUUGGAAAGAACUACAGCUGGCGCUGCCGCGGAAGGUGCAUUACAGGCCGGUGGAAGGAGACCCCCAGACGCAGCUCCAGGACGACAAGGACCCCAUGCUGAUUCUUCGAGGCCGAGUCCCGGAGGGCCGGGCCCUGGACUCAGAGGUGGACCCGGACCCUGAGGGAGACCUGGGUGUCCGGGGGCCUGUCUUUGGAGAGCCAUCAGCUCCACCGCACACGAGUGGGGUCUCGCUGGGGGAGGGCCGGAGCAGUGAAGUGGACGUCUCGGACCUCGGCUCGCGAAACUACAGUGCCCGCACAGACUUCUACUGCCUGGUGUCCAAGGAUGAUAUGUAGCUCCCACCCCAGAGUGCAGGAUCACAGGGACAGCGGGGGCCAGGGCUGGGGGAUCGCUCCUCUGCUCAGCAGGACCACACCCCCUGCCAGCAGCCCUGGGACCCUGGGGGAAAAGGCUGUGGCCUCAGGGGUGCCUCCCAGUGCCAGAAAUAAAGUCCUUUUGGAUUCUG